AUGAAGCACCAUCGCCAUCGAGGCAUGCGCCUGCGCAAGCAUCGAAGCACUACAACACGUACACCUUCAACAGAUCGUCUGCGUCAGCCAUCCGCUUCCGAGUCAGAUUCAUCCUCAAAAGAGCAGAACCAUAUUGAGCUCGCCGCUGUUCCCGAGCAAAUCCUUGAGGAGCGUCGACGUCGAGCGGAGGAAGCCAAGAAGCUGGCCAAGGCACAACUAUUUCUCAACUCAGAGGUGAGGCAUGCAUCCUACGAAUCGGCUCCGCUGCGGUUACCUGCCGAUCCAGUGGCUCCUGUGCCGUCCCACGUAGGUAGCGUCACUUCUGAGACCGGAUCGUAUCUCGCCAGGCUAUCCGCUCAGGCAGAGGCAGAGGCCAACAGUAGCGGGAAGCGCGCCGGGCAAGGUCGAGGUGCUCGAGGGGAAGAUUCCGACGAUGACGACUCGCUCCACGAUCGACUUCACCACCACCACGGCCCACGUGGCAUUGUGAGGAGCGUCGCGGAAAGGCACCAUCGAAAGACGAUGAAAAAGGAGAAGCAGAGACGUAUGGAGCGCUUGCGUCGGAUUGCUGCACUGGAUCCACUCAAGGAGGGAGAGAGGCAGCACGGUCAAGCCAAGGAGACGACGUUUAUGGCGCUAAUUCGAAAAUACGGUGGUAUGGUGGAAGGAGAGACAGGACAUGCAGAUGCUCGGGAUGAGCUUGCCUCAACGACGCCAAGAGACGAGAGCACGCCUGAAUCAGAACGGUCUUCGCUCAGCGACGAGCACAGCGCCUACCUGGUCGACACACUCGAGGUCGUCGAUCCAGGUGUUUCGGCCGCAGGACACUUGUCCAACAUUGGCAACUCGCUCAUGUUCCCCAAUAUCCCGGGCCUCUACGAUCGACGGCCCGUGAUCGACCUACCCGCGCAAGGAGUCGAUAGCAACGCGGCAUCCACCGAGGCGACACUGCAGCUCGAAGAAGGUCGACCUCGUACAACCAUACCAUUGGCCACGGCUUCAGAAAAGGACCACGACGACCUGCACCUCGACGCUUACGUCCACGAGCUGUUGACCAAAAAGCAAAAGUUCAAACGUGCGAUGCAGGGUGUAUGGGCGUUCCUCAAGACGCCUGUCGGCGUCGUGGCGGGGAUCUACGGCUUCUUGGUUGUGUUUGGCGGUGCUGCGUUGGUGCUGUUUCUCGUUGGCGCGAUCGAUGGCGGCAAGAACAAGGACUACUGGGUCGAGGUUUUCAGUCAGUUUGAGAACGGGCUGUUUACUAUUCCGGGUGUCGGACUGAUUCCAUGGAGGUUGCGCGAUACGUGGCGGGCAGCGUGGAUUGCGUACUACCAACACUUGACGGCGCGCUUGAGGAAGAAACAAGGGCUGCCCAAGCUCGCCGACAAGAACGACGUGCCCUCGAUGGUCGCGGCCAAACACAAGAAGAAGCGCAAUGCCGAACCUGCAGACGAUACCUCGGACGAAGAAGCGCAAGCCCUCCCCGAGCCCGAACUGUCCGCAGACGCAGUGCUCUCCCCGCACCAGGCUGCACACCUCUACGCACUUCAGACCGCCUUCGCCGAGUCGCAAUCGUGGUAUCGCCCACACGAGACAUUCACGCACCACGCAUUCUCGAUCACCUACGCACUGUCCAUCACGGUUCUCAACGACCUCAACUCGCUGUUCCAGUGCCUGCUGUGUGGAUACAUGUGGGGGUACGCGACGCACUACCACGACCGCCCGGCCUGGUCGACGGGGACGUUCAUGCCGUGUUCGUUCCUGGCGGGCAUCGGAGCUGGAGUGUGUAUCUGGAAGGGCGGCGAAAGGAGCAAGAAGAAGCGCGAGGUGGAGGAGAAGCUGCUGGCGGCGUUUGCGAGGGAUAUCGAUGCGCAGGUGGAGAGGAUGCGCAGGGAAGGGGCGGUGGGUGGUUCGACGACCAGUGAGGCGGCGGCGGCGGUGGAGAGGGGUGGUGUGUUGGGCACGGUGGACGAGCUUGAGGAUCACAGGGCGGGCGAAGGCGAAGGAAUUGCGCUCGAGCAGCUGGCGGGCGAAAUCACCGAGAAGGAGGGGUGA